AUGGAGGAGCUGACCCGCAGCGGGUUGGCGGGGAUGGAUUUCUCCAUCUUCCGCGGGGAGUCCGAGGGCGAGCGGGGUGCCGGGGGGAACCAUGAGUGUAUCAACAUCAGGCCUCCAUCCCCAUCCCCAUGCGCCAACGAGGAGCAGCCGCCGCCGGAGAAGAUGGAGCAGGAGGAGGAGGAGGGGGAGGGGGAGAAGGAGGAGUGGGUCUACAGGGAGGAGGAUCGGAUCACCAGAGGCAUCUCCAUCUUUGAUGAUUUCCAGCUGGCUAUGACUCAACUGCCCCCAGAUAUUGCACUAGAUAUUGUCUCUAUGGGCUGUUGGGCAACUCUUGGUCCCAUGCGCUUUACAUUCGGACCCAUCCCGAGCUACGCCAGACCUCAUUGUACCAUCCAGAUCUUCGGCAUCCGGGUGGCCAACCUGGAAGACGGUCUCCAGUGGCCGCUGCAUGUCCACGGCUUUGUCGCCGCGAGGGACACCUCGGAUCACAAUCGCAACUUCCUCUUCAACCGCACCAGUGAUAACUGCCAGGAUCCAUACCUACUGCUGACAGGCCCGUCGCGCGCGAUCGUGAUCAUUGACCCGAUCACGAUUGAGUUCCAGCUGAAGGUGAAGAGCAAGACGGACCCCGAAGAGGUCGAGAUGCUGGCCUUCGGGAUCUUCAACUACCCCCAGACCUACCUUGCCACACAUGUGAUCCGCUCUGGUAUCCUCUGCGACCGGUGCACGAUCCAGCUUGCCUACGCGCCGCUGGACCCCUCGGUCGAGGCGACCGUCAUCCAUGUCCGGAUCAUCGACGGUGUGUGGCCAGAGGGUCUCCGUGGGCGCGUCGUCGCCGAGGUCACAACCGUGCGGGAAGGAGAGGUGCUGCUGCUCGACUCCCGGGACGGGAAGAUGCCGAUCAGCCCUUCAACCGGCGCGGUCGAGCUCUCGAGGCACGUCGUGUCGGUGGACCUCGAGGGGGGGAAGCUGGUUGUCUCCGUGGUGGCAUCCCCUCAGACCGCUGGCAAAGAAGACGGUGAUGAUGGUGGUGGCGCUGCCGUCGUUGUUGCGCGAGGCGAGGCCGUGUUCACGCCAGAGAGGGCCGGCACGAGCAAUGGCACCUGCGAUCUUGGCUUCUGCAAGGUGGAGGUUGCUGUUGCAUGGCUUCAGCAGGUCUUUGAGAGUUCCUGGCCGCCUGGCGUCCUUGGCUUGCGACGACUCCUCGGCGCCGCAGCUGCAGCUGCUCGUGUUGAGGCUCGCGCCGCAGACGAGGCACAUGCCUUUGCAGGUGCUGCUGCAGAAGGCAUCCAGCGUGAUCUCCAGGUGGAUGAUGUCCCCAAGGUUCUUCGAGAUGUCAAUCUCCUUCUCCCCAGCCGGGAUGUCCCCAAGGUUCUUCUGAGAUGUCAUCUCCUUCUCCCCAGCCGGGAAAUGCAGGCGGUCAUCGUUCUCGUCCUCGCUGCCAGCCAGCGAAGGGAACUUGGUCCUGUCUACCGAGGUCGAUCACAUCAGGUUCCUCCAUGGGGUCCUCUGUCAGUAGGAAUGCAUCAUCAGUACAUGCCACCAUGCCAGCUCCAACUGAAAGAUCAGUGUGAUGCCUUUGAGCUAAAGGAAACAAUACUCUACUAG